AUGGUCGCUAAAAUGAACGACAUAGUUUCGGAGUCCGGAAAGAAUAAAAAAGACCAGAACGUAGUUCUGUUCCACAAGGGCUCCGCAUCCUCAGACGUGAGCUCAGAUGUGGGGAAAGACUCUUCGUCUUUUUGGGACGACAAAUCUUUGCUGCCCACAGGCGAGUAUAUCGUGGAUAAAAAUAAACCGCAAACGUAUUUGAACAGUGAUGAUAUCGAAAAAGUGACCGAAUCAGACAUCUUUCCUCAGAAACGUUUCUUUUCCUUCUUACAUUCAAAAAAAAUGCCUGAAGUACCGCAAAAUGAUGACGAAAGAAAGGUGUACCCUAUGUUCCAUACAAAUAUCAUAUCCAACAUGUUCUUUUGGUGGGUGCUGCCGAUCAUUCGAGUUGGUUACAAAAGGACAAUCCAACCGAACGAUCUCUUCAAGAUGGACCCCAGGAUGUCUAUAGAGACCCUCUAUGAUGAUUUUGAGAAAAACAUGAUGUACUAUUUUGAAAAAACAAGGAAAAAAUAUCGUAAACAGCAUCCAGAGGCUACCGAGGACGACGUUAUUGAAAAUGCAAAACUGCCCAAUCAUACCGUUUUUAAAGCUUUGCUAUUUACGUUUAAGAGGCAGUACUCCAUUUCAGUGCUGUUUGCCGUUUUGUCUAAUUGUACUUCUGGGUUCAACCCAAUGAUUACGAAGAGGCUGAUUGAGUUUGUUGAAAAAAAAGCAAUGUUUCAUAAUACACACGUAAAUAGUGGUGUCGGUUAUGCUAUUGGUGCAUGUAUAAUGAUGUUCGUUAAUGGGCUAACCUUUAAUCAUUUCUUUCAUAGUUCUCAGUUGACAGGUGUGCAAGCAAAAUCUAUCUUGACUAAAGCCGCUAUGAAAAAAAUGUUCAAUGCUUCUAAUUACGCGAGACAUCGUUUCCCCAAUGGUAAAGUCACCUCUUUUAUAACAACGGAUUUGGCUAGAGUGGAAUUUGCCCUGUCUUUUCAACCGUUUUUAGCCGGGUUCCCUGCGAUCUUGGCAAUUUGUAUUGUCUUAUUGAUUGUUAACUUAGGCCCUAUUGCACUGGUUGGGAUUGGUAUCUUCUUUGCUGGGUUUGUAAUAUCUCUUUUUGCCUUUAAAUUAAUUCUGGGUUUCAGAAUCGCUGCAAAUAUUUUUACUGACGCAAGAGUUACCAUUAUGAGAGAAGUGCUAAACAAUUUAAAAAUGAUCAAAUAUUAUACUUGGGAAGACGCUUACGAGAAAAAUAUUCAAGAUAUUAGAGGUAAGGAAAUUUCUAAAGUAAGGAAAAUGCAAUUAUCAAGAAAUUUCUUAAUUGCCAUGGCCUUAUCUUUACCCAGUAUUGCUUCACUGGUCACAUUUCUAGCAAUGUACAAAGUUAAUAAUGGAGGUAGACAGCCCGGUAACAUUUUUGCCUCUUUAUCGUUAUUUCAGGUUUUAAGUUUGCAAAUGUUUUUCUUACCUAUUGCCAUUGGUACGGGUAUUGAUAUGAUCAUUGGGCUGGGCCGUUUGCAGAGUUUGUUGGAAGCUCCGGAAGAUGAUCCAAACCAUAUGAUUGAAAUGGAACCUUCCGCCGACUUUGAUCCAAAACUGGCUUUAAAGAUGACUCACUGUUCAUUUGAAUGGGAGGAUUAUGAAUUAAAUGAUGCCAUUGAAGAAGCUAAAGAUGAAGCUAAAGAUGAAGGUAAAAAAAACAAAAAAAAAAAAAAGCGUAAAGAUACAUGGGGUAAACCAACCACAAACGACAAUAAAGCAAAAAGAUUGGACAAUAUGCUGAAAGAAAGAGAUGGUCCUGAAGACUUGAAGAAAACUUCUUUCAAGGGGUUCAAAGAUUUGAAUUUCGAAAUCAAAAAGGGUGAAUUCAUCAUGAUUACAGGUCCUAUCGGUACUGGUAAAUCUUCGCUAUUGAACGCAAUGGCAGGAUCGAUGAGAAAGACUGAUGGUAGAAUUGAAGUAAGCGGUGACUUGUUGAUGUGUGGUUAUCCAUGGAUCCAAAAUGCUUCAGUGAAAGAUAAUAUUAUAUUUGGUUCUCCAUUCAAUAAAGAAAAGUAUGAUGAAGUCAUUCGUGUUUGUUCUUUGAAAGCAGAUUUGGAUAUUUUACCUGCUGGUGAUAUGACCGAAAUUGGUGAACGUGGUAUUACUUUAUCCGGUGGUCAAAAGGCACGUAUAAACUUGGCCAGAUCGGUUUACAAAAGGAAAGACAUAUAUUUGUUUGAUGAUGUUCUAAGUGCUGUAGAUUCCCGUGUUGGUAAACACAUUAUGGAUGAAUGUCUAACUGGAGUACUCGCAAACAAAACAAGAAUUCUAGCCACGCAUCAGUUGUCUUUGAUUGACAAAGCCUCUAGGGUUAUUGUUUUAGGUAAUGAUGGUGAUGUUGAUAUUGGUACCGUUGACGAGCUAAAGGCCCGUAAUCCAACCUUGAUAAACCUUUUACAGUUUUCUUCCCAAAAUUCUAAAGAAUCAGAGGAUGAAGAAGAGGAAAAGGUCAUCGUUAAUGAAUUGGAGCAUCUAAAAUAUGAAGCUGAAGUGAAGGAACUAACUGAGUUGAAAAAAAGAACUACCCAAUUAUCACAAAUUUCAAACAGUGGUGAAGCCGUUGUAGAUGGUCACACUAGCACAAAAGAAGAAAGAGCAGUCAACAGUAUUAGUCUGACAGUUUACCGGGAAUACAUUAAAGCUGCCGUAGGUAAAUGGGGGUUCGUCGCGCUUCCAGUAUAUUUCUUUUCUGUUGUUGGUACCACAUUUUGUACACUUUUUUCUUCUGUCUGGUUAUCUUAUUGGACUGAGAACAAAUUCAAGAAUAAAUCGCCUAGUUUUUACAUGGGUCUUUACUCCUUCUUUGUUUUUGCCGCUUUCAUAUUCAUGAAUGGUCAAUAUACAAUUCUUUGUGCUAUGGGUAUCAUGGCAUCCAAGUGGUUGAAUUUAAGAGCCGUAAAGAGAAUUUUACAUACACCAAUGUCAUACAUAGACACGACACCUUUGGGGCGUAUCUUGAACAGAUUCACGAAGGAUACCGAUAGUUUGGAUAAUGAGCUAACCGAAAGUUUGCGUUUGAUGACAUCUCAAUUUGCGAAUAUCGUCGGUGUUUGUGUCAUGUGUAUUGUUUAUUUGCCAUGGUUCGCUAUUGCAAUUCCAUUCCUUUUGAUUAUUUUUGUUUUGAUCGCUGAUCAUUAUCAAAGUUCUGGUAGAGAAAUCAAGAGACUAGAAGCUGUCCAACGUUCGUUCGUUUACAAUAACUUAAAUGAAGUAUUGGGUGGGAUGGAAACAAUCAAAGCUUACAGGAGCCAAGAGAGAUUUUUGGCAAAGUCAGAUUUCUUGAUUAACAAAAUGAAUGAGGCCGGUUAUCUUGUUGUUGUCCUACAAAGGUGGGUCGGUAUAUUCCUUGAUAUGGUUGCUAUCGUAUUUGCGCUAAUCAUCACAUUGCUAUGCGUUACCAGAGCUUUUCCUAUAUCUGCAGCAUCCGUUGGUGUUUUGUUGACUUAUGUUUUACAGUUGCCUGGUUUAUUAAAUACCAUUUUGAGAGCAUUGACGCAGACAGAAAAUGAUAUGAACAGUGCCGAAAGAUUGGUUUCGUAUGCAACUGAAUUGCCUUUAGAAGCUGACUACAAAAAACCAGAAAUGACUCCUCCCGAAUCAUGGCCUUCAAAAGGUGAGAUAAUAUUCAAAAAUGUUGAUUUUGCUUAUAGACCGGGUUUACCGAUAGUUUUGAAAGGCCUGAAUUUGGACAUUAAAAGUGGAGAGAAGAUUGGUAUCUGUGGUCGUACGGGUGCCGGUAAAUCUACUAUCAUGAGUGCUUUAUACAGGUUAAACGAAUUGGCUAGUGGUGAAAUAUUAAUUGAUGACGUUAAUAUAAGUCAGCUUGGGCUUUUUGAUUUACGAAGAAAACUGGCCAUUAUUCCACAAGAUCCGGUUUUAUUUAGAGGUACAAUCCGUAAGAAUUUGGAUCCGUUUGAUGAACGUACAGAAAAUGAGCUAUGGGAUGCACUAGUCAGAGGUGGCGCGAUUGCCAGGAAAGAUUUACCAGAGGUCAAGUUACAAAAACCUGACGAAAACGGUACGCAUGGUAAAAUGCACAAAUUCCAUUUAGAUCAAGCAGUGGAAGAAGAAGGCUCCAAUUUCUCAUUAGGUGAGAGGCAAUUACUAGCAUUAACGAGAGCCUUAGUUCGUCAAUCCAAAAUAUUAAUCUUGGAUGAAGCUACAUCUUCAGUGGAUUAUGAAACAGAUGGUAAAAUUCAAGCGCGUAUUGUCGAAGAAUUUGGAGACUGCACAAUUUUAUGUAUUGCUCAUAGGCUGAAGACUAUUGUGAAUUACGAUCGUAUUCUAGUGUUAGAAAAGGGUGAAGUUGCAGAAUUUGAUACCCCAUGGACAUUAUUUUCUCAAAAGGACAGUAUUUUCAAAAACAUGUGUUUGAGAUCGGGUAUUGUAGAAGAAGACUUCGAGAACAGAUUUUAG